UUUAGGGGGUGGCCACUGUCCCGGGGCCGCCAGCUGCCUGGCUUUGUGCUGCGGAACACAGCCCCGUAUUGCGUUUCUGUUUUUGUCCUAUUGACCACCGAAACACUGAGAAACAGUCCACAGCGUACGAGCCGAUGGGGAAUUACAAAUCCAGGCCAACCCAGACCUGUACAGAUGAGUGGAAGAAGAAAGUGAGCGAGUCGUACGCCGUGAUAACUGAGAGGCUCGGCGAUGAUCUGCGCAUCAAAGAGAGCGAGCUCAUGGAGCUGAAGCACGUCUUCAGCUCCGACGAGGCCUUCAGCAAAGUGAACCUGAGUUACCGCACGGAGAGCGGCCUGUCUCUUCUGCAUCUCUGCUGCAUAUGCGGGGGGAACAAGUCCCACAUCCGUACUCUCAUGCUAAAAGGGCUGCGUCCCUCCCGCCUGACACGGAAUGGCUUCACUGCUCUGCACUUGGCGGUCUACAAGGACAACGCAGAGCUUGUGACAGCUCUGCUGCACGGGGGGGCCGACAUCCAGCAGGUGGGCUACGGCGCGCUAACGGCCCUGCACAUCUCCACCAUCGCAGGGCACCAUGAGGUCGUGGACAUUCUCCUCCAACAUGGCGCUUAUGUCAACGUCCAGGAUGCUGUUUUCUUCACACCCCUGCACAUAGCGGCAUAUUACGGCCAUGAACAGGUGACCAGGCUGCUGCUGAAGUUUGGGGCCGACGUAAAUGUCAGUGGUGAGGUGGGGGACCGGCCUCUGCACCUGGCGGCUGCUAAGGGCUUCCUGGGCACCAUCAAACUCCUGAUGGAGGGAGGCACCCGGGCUGAUGUGAAUGCCCAGGACAACGAGGACCACGUCCCCCUGCAUUUCUGUGCACGCUUUGGGCACCAUGAGGUGGUGAGGUAUCUGCUGCAGGGGAACUUCGAUGUGCAGCCUCACUCAGUCAAUAUUUACGGGGACACACCGCUCCACCUCGCCUGCUACAAUGGGAAGUUUGAUACAGCGAAGGAGAUCAUCCAACUGUCUGGCACCGAGAGUUUGUCCAAGGAGAACAUCUUCAGCGAAACAGCCUUUCAUAGUGCAUGUACCUAUGGAAAAAGUCUGGAGACAGUGAAGUUCCUUCUCAACCAAAAUGCAAUAAGCAUUAAUCACCAGGGCAGGGAUGGGCACACAGGACUGCACAGCGCCUGUUUCCACGGCCACAUACGUCUGGUCCAGUUCCUACUGGACAAUGGUGCUGACAUGAACCUGGUGGCAUGCGACCCAAGCCGGUCCAGCGGGGAAAAGGAUGAGCAGACUUGUCUGAUGUGGGCCUAUGAGAAAGGUCACGACGCCAUCGUCACCCUGCUAAAGCAUUACACCCGGCCUCAGGAGGAGUCGCCCUGCAAUGAGUAUUCACAGCCUGGAGGGGAUGGGUCUUAUGUCUCUGUGCCUUCCCCUCUGGGAAAGAUCAAAAGUCUGACUAAAGAGAAGGCCGACAUCCUCUUGCUGCGAGCCAGCCUUCCUGCCCACUUUCACCUGCAGCUGUCCGAGCUGGAGUUCAGCGAGAUCAUCGGCUCAGGGUCCUUCGGGAAAGUCUACAAAGGGCGAUGCCGCAACAAAAUAGUGGCCAUCAAGCGGUACCGAGCUAACACUUACUGCUCGAAGUCUGACGUGGACAUGUUCUGCCGAGAAGUGUCCAUCCUGUGCCAACUGAACCACCCAUGUGUAAUCCAGUUUGUGGGGGCCUGCUUGGAUGACCCCAGCCAGUUUGCGAUAGUCACCCAGUACGUGUCGGGGGGGUCCCUGUUUUCCCUGCUGCAUGAACAGAAGAGGAUCAUCGACCUGCAGUCUAAGCUCAUCAUCGCUAUCGACGUGGCCAAGGGCAUGGAGUACCUUCACAACCUCACACAGCCCAUCAUUCAUCGAGACCUCAACAGCCAUAACAUCCUGCUGUAUGAAGACGGCCAUGCUGUGGUGGCUGAUUUUGGAGAGUCUCGCUUCCUCAUGUCAAUGGACAUGGACAACAUGACCAAACAGCCUGGGAACCUGCGGUGGAUGGCGCCAGAGGUGUUCACGCAGUGCACACGAUACACGGUCAAGGCCGACAUGUUCAGCUACGCCCUGUGUCUCUGGGAGCUUCUGACGGGAGAGAUUCCAUUCGCUCACCUCAAACCUGCGGCAGCAGCAGCAGACAUGGCAUACCACCACAUCCGGCCGCCCAUCGGCUACUCUAUCCCAAAGCCAAUCUCCUCCCUGCUGAUGCGAGGCUGGAAUGUCUGCCCAGAGGAGAGGCCUGAGUUCUCUGAGGUGGUCGCCAAACUUGAGGAAUGUCUCUGCAACGUGGAGCUGAUGUCUCCAGCCUCCAGUAACAGCAGCGGGUCACUGUCCCCAUCCGCCUCGUCAGACUGCCUGGUGGCACGGGGUGGGCCGGGCCGCAGCCACGUGGCAGCACUGCGCUCACGCUUCGAGCUGGAGUAUGCCCUCAAUGCCCGCGCCUAUGCAGUCUGGUCCCAAAGCACGGAACGUCGCUCUUCCCAAGGCCUGUCUUUGGAUGAACUGCGGAGGAACCUGCAGUACCCGCCAAUCGACAGGAAUGGCUACGUUUCAGAUCCCAUGAGCACCAUGCGAUUCCGCUCCUGCAGCAAUGGUGGCAGCUACGAGGACAGUAACUGACCGUCUGCCUGUCCCCGGGGAGUCAACCCCGACACUGACCGUGAUCAUCAAGGCUUCGUGAUACAGAGUGGUGUGUCUGCUGUUUAUAAGCAUUUUCUGCAUGUAAUCCACCACAGAUUGUCCACAAUGAUGUCACUGUAGAGUAAAUGUAUUCCCCACUUUCUCCGUGUGUGUGUCACAUGAAGAUGACCCAGGUGUGCUUUACCUUACUACUGUACCUCGCUCUUCUUAUUCUUUGCACUUUUUAACUAAUCAACAUGUUUAAAGUAAUAAUGUGUUAGAAGAAGAAAUAAAGUCGCAUUUUAUUAUUUUAU